CGUAUAAUCAACGUCUCUGCGCGCGCGCUGUCUUUGGGAAAGCAGAGGUUCAACAGCCAUCCAUGCGCGGUGAGGAAACCUAUAAUUCAUCACCAUCGUCACCAUCAUCAUCGUCACCAUCACCAUAAUCCUCAUCAUCAUCAUCAUCAUGACCACAGAAACGGCAACAGCUCAGCACAUCCAAACGUAUCGCAAGGCCUCUUCUCUGUGGAAAGGCUUAUCGCACGUCGUACAGGAUGGCACUGGUCAGCAGCUCUGCAUCGUGCCCGUCGACUUUCUACUUGGAGCUGCAGUGUCAGAUCCAUGCGCACUCCUAGCUGACAUUGUACGCAUGUGUGUAGUUGAAGAGGGCAAGCUUGUUGAUAGCAAUUCCCGUGACUUAGUCGACAUGGAGCAGUUGCGGAGUGAUGAGACAUUUACCUGGCAAACCACAGGAGGAGGUGCCGUUUCUUGCACAUUCCACAAGGGUCCACGCUUCAAGCAGUCCAGGCGUCCUCCGCCGCCAGACGGUGAGACGAGCACAAUGAGCAACUCAAGUCGAUCCACAGCCAACCAGUCUUCAUUCAGAAUUGAGCUCAUCGCUCGCGACACUAAGUGUCUCCUGACAGACGCACACUGGAGGCUGUGCACAGCAGCGCAUAUCAUACCUCAAAGUCGUCCCGAGUACUAUGCAGAAAUUUUAAGUCCUUCAGAGAUGCAAACACUCUGGCCAUUCGAACCACAGUAUGGUAUUUUGGUCCGAGACGAUUUACAUCGGGCUUUCGAUCGCGGUGAAUGGGCACUCUGGCCUCAGGGUGACGACUACAUAGUUCACUUCCUCUUCCCCGAACCAGAGGAGCGAAAAUAUCACGGAAAGGUUCUAACUGCAGAUCGUUUCAGCUAUGGACCUGAACAUCGUCCUCACAAAGACCUCCUCCUAUUUCACUAUCGUCAGUGCGCGCAAAAGUACUUUCGCGGCUUCUCCGCUGGCUUUUGACAGCAGACGUACUGGCAAGCGGGCAGUAACGAUUUGAGCUGAGAUCAGCUAUGGCUUCUGAUUCUGCGCGU